AUGGGACUCCGCGACUCGUUUCGACGGCGAUUCGAUGUACCGCUUGAAUCCCAUCAGGUGGAGGAGGACUAUUCUACUGCUGUUCGCAUCAGCAAUGAAAGCCAUCUACCCCGGUCUCAAUCAGCGCUGACGCUUUCAGCGAUGCCAGGCGUCGACAGGCGAGUGUCACUGAGUGUCCCACCACUGUAUCCUCUGGAGGAGGUUCCCAGUUACGAAGACAGCCAAUUACAACACAGCUCGGGAGUACAGAGAGCACCAGCCAUGCCUGUUGCGCGGCAUUCAUAUGUUGCACCCCAGGCAAUGACUUUGGAACCUCUGCUGUCACUGCUGCUGCAGAACCUGGUGGCCAACGUGCCGCCUUCACCACGGAGGAUAUCACAAACUGAGCAACACAUCCAAAAUGAACGGGCGCAACGGAUCAAGCAAUUGGGCCUUAAGUUUUUGAACGCUAGGCAACAUACAGCGUUGGCUCUAUGUCGCGACAUCUCGUUAUCUACACCUUUAUGGGGUCUUUUUCAACUGUGGAAACAAGUUUUUUUUGGCCAUGAAGGUAGCCUGGAGGCUAUAUUGAACACAUCGCUAACCCUGGCACGAGUGCUGGAGCAUUUUUUGACUGGUGUAUGGUGCAUUGUGAGCGCAUUCUUGACUUAUGCUGUGAUCGAUGGGUUAUUAGUCAGAUGGAUUGUGACAUAUAGCACGAGUGCAGCUAUUGUCCGUGUACUUCUGAUGCUGAUUAUGUUAAUAGCUUUGGAGCUGUACUUAGUGUCGACUUUCCUGGCUCAAGGUUACACGUAUGGAUUGCACAUAUGGAUUUUGAUCAGUUGCGCUUUAACGUUAUUGUACACUGUCCAAAAUUUUAUCACAAGCAAUAUCGAUGUCAAGGGAAAGAAACGAAGACGAUUUUUUGACUUUUACAAAAUCGUUGUAUUUGCAGUGGUCCCCGUGGGCAUGGCUCUGUUCAUCACUAUGAUUGUUUUAUUAAGAUCAUUGCUCAUCCUACGGAUAGACAUCGAAGAUGUAAGAGGUCACUGGCAUAGUAAUAUUUGA